GAAAAGAUCACGAAAACCCACCACAAACGCUGCACAGGGUAACUGAAUCUCCACUUUCCACAUUAGAGUUGUUGUUGUGUACAAUUUAUCCUCGGGUUGUUUUAAGGCUUUUUAUCUCCACACCCCCACAAAGUUCUUACUCCUUUUUUUCAGCUUGAACUCCUUCUUUCAUUUAUAUAUAAUGCUUUCAAGAGUAGCAAGGGCAAACAGUAUAAGACAACUCAGUGCAUCAAGAGUUUCUGCAAUGGUGUCAUAUUCCACAACCACAGUUCCACCUCAGGAGGAAGACGAUGUUAUUUUUGAGAACUAUAACGCUGCCAGAGUAAUUACGCUCAACAGAGCUAAGAAGCUCAACUCUUUGAACACCAGCAUGCUGACCAAGAUUUAUCCACGUAUGGUUGAAUACUCAAAGUCUGACUUGACAAAGGUGAUCAUUCAAAAGUCGAACGGUAGAGCUUUCUGUGCUGGUGGUGACGUUGCAGAGUGUGCCAAUGCCAACAUAGCUGGAGAGCCGGCCAAGAGUGUUGAGUUUUUUCAGAAGGAGUACUCUCUGAAUUACCUAUACUCGGGAUAUCCAAAGCCAGUUGUUUCGUUGACCCAUGGCAUCACAAUGGGUGGUGGUGUUGGUCUUUCUGUCCAUACACCAUUUAGAAUUGCCACUGAAACCACCAGGUGGGCAAUGCCAGAGAUGGACAUUGGUUAUUUCCCGGAUGUUGGAACCACAUUUGCAUUGAAUAAAGUUGUUCCAAGUUCAUUUGGAUGGUACUUGGCCCUUACUGGUGAAAGCAUCUUUGGGUGGGACGCCUACUUUGUAGGCUUGGCUACCCAUUAUGUGCCUUCUCAUAGAUUGCCAGAGCUCAUCAAGGCAUUAUCCACGGUUUCCUAUUCCAAUGCUGACCCAUUCACCGUUGUCAACAACGUUAUCGAAGAUUUCACGGAGUCCUUGCCACAAGGUUACAAGUUCAAGUAUUCUGUCGAACAAUUACAAUUGCUCGAAAAGGUGUUCCACGAGUCUGCUACGAUUGAGUCUAUCUUUGAAGAUUUAGAGAAGGCAAACACGGAAUUUUCAUUGGCAACAUUGGAAACCUUGAAGAAGAAAUCACCACUAUCUUUAAAGGUUGCUCUUGAGUUGCUCCAACGUGGAUCACAAUCUAAUAUCCAUGAGGCUUUGACCAAUGAGCUUCAUGCUGCAAAGCAAUUCAUGAAGGACUCUGACUUCAACGAAGGUGUCUCUGCAAAACUCAUUAGAAAAUCUAAGGAAAUUCCAAACUGGAAACACAAGUCUCCAUCUGAGGUCACGGUCAAGGAGAUCCUUCCAUUUUUGAAGUCCGAUGCCAGCUUACAAUUGGAUAACCAUUUCAACUUGACCUUUACCGAGUAUCCACACAACUUUGGUCUUCCAAAGGAAUCAGAGAUUCGUUCUUUCAUUGAUGGCGCGGAUGGUGUCCUUGAGAAGGGCACAGUAACAAAGCAAAAUGUCUUUGAUCAUUUCACUACCCAUCCAAAGUAUGCGCACAAAUCAGGAAUCAUUGAGUACUUGAACUUGGUGUUGAGUACAAGAGUUGACUCGGUUGAUCAAAAGUUGAAGUGGAAGUUAUAAUCGUCAUUUGAGCAGUUUGUACAUAGAGAUUUAAAUAAAUCAUUAUAUUGACA